CAUCACUGACAUCAUAUCCCCUAAGGCUGGCCCUGAAGAAGGGCAACUGACACCCCUAUGGGACCCAGGUCCCUGCAGGGCUCUCCUGGGAGGUGGCCUCUGCAGGACGUGGGGAGAGGACAUCACUGGACACCUAUUGGUCCCUGCGCCCAGGUGUGCUCACAUCUAGGCUUCGACAGGUCCUCAGGUGGCCUUGUAUUCUUUUCUGGAGGAAAUAUGGCACAGGCUAGGGAAGAAGGAGGAGACAGUCAGUUGGUGUCUGGUCGGGAGCCAUCAUCACACAUCAUCAGAGUGUCUGUCAAGACCCCACAAGACUGCCAGGAAUUUAUGCUGGCAAAAAAUAGCAGCAUCCUUCACUUUAAGAAACAGAUCUCUAAACGCCUUCACUGUGGUGCUGACAGAUUGGUGCUCAUCUUCACCGGAAAAAUCCUCCAGGAUCAAGACACACUAAGCCAGCGCGGCAUCUUUGAUGGCACUACAGUCCACUUGGUGGUGAGGAGCCAGCUGAAAAGAACUCUGCCCAGUCCUGGAACUCUGCCAGGCCCCACAGGCCACUGCACCCAUCGUUCUGAACCCUCCACCUCAGAGAGUGCCUGGAUGCUAGCCAGGCUGGUCCGGCUCGUCCGGAGCUCACCUGAUCUACCUGACUUCCUUGGCCAGCUGGCUCAAUUCCUGAUGGCUGCACCUGAGUCUGCAGCACAGUUCUUGGAAGACCCUGUGUUUCAAGGCCUGGCAAGUGAGAAACCACCCAAUACCAGCCAUGUUCCUGAAGCCUCAAGGCCAGUACAGAAAUCCAAGCCAGCUCUUAAGGCUCUCGAAAACUUGCAGAACCCAGCCCAGCAACAGGUGCUCCUGCAGGCAGACAAACGGGGACUGGAGGCCGUGAAGGCAGUGCCAGGUGGUAACAAUGACAUGCAUCAGGUCUGCUCUGAUAUCCAGCAGCCCAUGCUCUCCACUCUAGCUCCACUGGUCGCCUCCAAAUGCCACAACCUAGGUUCAGAGCCUUGCAAAGGGGAUGCCAAUGCUCACAGCAGUAAUGACACCACCGCCAUCACCACAGCCUCUGCAAUAGCCAGGCCAUUGACACAGGAGGUCAGUGCAAGAGUAGUUUCCCAGGGUAGCACCAUGGCCUCAAAUCAGGCCAAUUCAGGAUGCAGGCCUGGUAUGUCGGACUUGUGCUCAGGCCAGGAUCUUCCCUCCCAGGAUAGCCAGCAGCCCUUAGGGAAAGCUGCUCUAACCAGUCAGCUGCGACCUUCACCCUUGUGUAGAGCCUUGCAUUUUCUGCAGCAGAAUCCAGCUCUGAUACACCUGCUGGCAACUGGCAGCCCCCUGCAACAUCAUAUGCCAGUACUUCCCAUCCUCACCAACCCACGAGCACUGCAGGCAUUGAUACAGAUAGAAAAAGGCCUGCAGAUAUUGUCCAGGGAGGUGCCUGGGCUGGUACCUUGUUUAUGGGGCCCAGGUAGACCACAUAGGGCUAGAGGAGCCCCUGAAACUAGGGGUGGAGGACAGAGUCAUAAAGCAGACCCAGUGCAACCCACCUUGGUCGUUCUUCAGCUCCUCCAUGCACUGGCCAAUGCCUGCUCCCAGUCUAGUCAACUCUCACCCUCAUCCCCCCUCACUGAAGGCCACUACCAGCAAGAACUGGAGCAUCUGAAGGCCAUGGGUUUUGUUAAUCAUGAUGCCAAUUUGCAGGCCCUCAUAGCCACAGGCGGAGACAUCCACGCUGCCAUUGAGAGGCUGCUGGGGGAACCAGAGGCCUAGGUCCCUCCAGGUGAUGCCCACUAUGCACCACCCCAUGGAGGGGGAGGAAAAGGAAAGGGAAGGGAAGGGGAGGGGAAGUAGCUUAUUUUGGGAAUUCCUCCUAAUCAGAUCAUGUGCACACUUGCACAGCCUCUCCCUCACCUCCCACGCUUGUUCUACAUUAAAAAGAUU